GCACCACAUCUUUUAGAAAUAACACCUUGGAAGGAACUGCUUGACUACAAAUGGUCCAUGUUCGGUUUUAAAUACUUUCUGCUGUGGACAUUUCUAUACAUCCUAUAUAUUAUAACCCUGACAUUGUGUUGUCUGUAUCGGCCACUUAAGCAAGAGAUGGCUAAUGAAUCAGUAAUGAAGACAACCCUGAUGCCAUUACAUGAGGCUUAUCAAAGCUGGAAAGAUUAUGUGCGAUUAUUUGGAGAAAUAGUUGUUAUACUAGGAGCUGUUCUGAUUCUUACAACUGAGAUCACCCAACUCUUAAAGAAUGGAGCAAAACAUUUUUUUGGAAACACAGUUACUGGGGGACCAUUCCAUAUCAUCAUGUUAUUGUAUGCUGGUUUUAUUUUAGCCGUGAUGGUGCUGAGACUUAUUACCACUGAGGGGGAGACCGUAUUAAUGUCACUGGCUCUUAUAUGUGCCUGGUGCAAUGUCAUCUACUUUGCCCGUGGUUUCAGAAUACUAGGACCACUCUGCAUAAUGAUUCAGAAGAUGAUACUUGGAGACCUUUUACGGUUUUGCAUCAUCCUGAUAUUGGUGCUAAUUGGCUUUGCAGCAGCUUUCCAUGUGCACUUCCAGGCUAUGAAUGUCACCCUAUUUCCAUAUUUCAGUGAUUUUCCAGUUACUCUAUUUACAUUAUUUCAACUGAUGAUGGGUCUAGAUAAUCUUCCAGUACCAUCAGAUGUAAUCAUGCCAAAGAUGAUCACUGUACUCUACAUGGUCUACAUGUUAUUUGCCUUUGUCUUGCUUUUGAACCUUCUUAUUGCAUUCAUGGCCGACACUCAUUUUCGUGUUAACAAGGAACGCAAAAUCUUGUGGCGUGCACAGAUUGCAGCUACAACCAUAAUGUUGGAAAGAAUUGUUCCUAAUUGGUUGUGGCCACGAACUGGAAUACCUGGAGAAAUAAUUGGCUUAGAAGAAGGAAAAUGGUAUCUAAGGCAUGAGGAGAAACACAAGUUUCCAACAACUCUUCCUAAACUUGAAAUUGAAGUAUUAGCCAACAUACAGACUGGUGAUGGGUCUAUAGAGAUAUGA